UCUCUCCCCGGAUUCACGGGAAUUGCCCUAAACAAUUCACCUUCCUCGAUGGUUUCCUUGGCCCAGGCUGCAUGACUGUUCCUCCUGUCCUGACCUUGCGGGACCAUGUCCGUUAAUGACCGUCGCGCCAGCUACAUGAGCGCCCCGAGACCCCGCGUUGCGUCCAACCGCGUCGCCGACGCUGAAAAGCCCGCUUUGCGCAGCACUGCUUCCCCCUUGCAAUCGGAGACCAUGGACCAUCGCGGGAGCACCUCCAGCCAGAAGAAUAAAUUGUCUCGCGAUCAACAACAUAUUGUGAGCGACAAGCGUGCCGAGCGAAUGGCACCUCAUACGCGAGAGAAAUCCCAGGUCCGAACCAGAAAUCCAGUCAAGGAAUCCUCCAAUGCAGGCAACCGAGGGGAGUUCAUGGAGAGGACCCGAUCGAAAAGAGGAGCGAGUCAAACCGAGGGCGCCAGCCCCAAUUCUCGCAAGAAGGAGAAGCAACCGGCAGAGACUCCGUGGAGCCCACAGGCCUCAUUAAUGCCCCAUUCUACAGCACCGCUAGCUAGUCGAGUAUCGGUUCCUCCUUUGGCUUCCGCAUUGCCCCAAUCGCUUCAACCGAUACCGCUUCGUGAGCUUUCUGUCGACGCGCAGGAGAAGGCGAUACUGGAGGACUUGUUAUACGUGUUUAUGGGCUUUGAGGGCCAGUACAUCCAUUACCGUGCCUCACACGACCCGUCCGCGGAGAAGGAUAGGUUGACUGGACCCGCCUUCCAGCUACCUGCGGGGAUAGAUCCGACUCUAAAGGACCUCACACAAUCGACACUAAAGAUAGCAACUCAUUACAGCGCGUUAGAGUCAUUUGUGGAGGUCCAGAGUCGUGCAGAAUAUGGAGCGGUUAGCCAUGCACUAUGCGCGACAAUCCGGAAGUUGCUCAAGGAGUACUUGGUCCUCGUUGCCCAGCUGGAGCAUGAGCUGUUGAACAACCCAAGCUUCACGCUACAUGUUCUGCAUUUACAUCUCAUGCCGACCAGCCAAUGUUUGGCACAGCUGUACUCAUUAGGCCAGGAGCUGCUCCGACGAAACGGGCUUUUAGACCAAGAACUUGACGAAUCCAUUGACGAUUUUGACGACGUGGAUAACAUCCUCGAACAACUCAAGGAGGGCGGAGAACUUUUGCCGGGGGGCAUGUCUAGCAAGAGAAUUUGCAAAGGUGGCAAUGUUUUACGGCUCCUGACUGAGCGACUGGCAACGUUCUCAGGCGACCCCACCACCAAGGCUCUUUUAGAAAGGCUCCUUCGAGAUGCUAGUCGCCCGUACAUGACCAUGCUGAAUGAAUGGCUACACCAUGGAGGUAUCAAGGAUCCGCAUGGAGAGUUUCUCGUGAAGGAGCAGAAGUGGAUCAAGCGUGAAAAGCUCGAAGAAGACUAUACAGACGAGUACUGGGAGAAGCGAUAUACCAUCCGCGACAAUGAGGUCCCACCACAACUCGAGAGUGUCAAGGACAAGGUUCUUUUGGCCGGCAAGUACCUUAAUGUAGUACGAGAAUGUGGAGGUGUCGAUGUUAGCAAAGCAGUCAAAGAUGUUCCGAAAACACUCGACGACCCUCGGUUUUUAGAGAACGUCAAUGCAGCCUACACGUAUGCCAACGCGUCGCUAUUGAACCUGCUUCUGACGAAGAACUCUCUCACCACGCGCUUCCGUUCCCUAAAGCACUACUUUUUCCUGGAUCGCUCCGACUUCUUCUCCUAUUUCCUCGAACUCGGGGCAUCCGAGCUCCGCAAGCCCGCUAAGAAUGUCAACGAAAGCAAACUCCAGUCACUUCUUGAUCUGGUGUUGCGACAACCUGGGAGUAUUGCAGCCCAGGACCCGUUCAAAGAGGACGUCAAGGUCCGGAUGAAUAAGGUCGGGCUCACCAAGUGGCUGAUGCAGGUUGUGAGCGUCUCCGGUAUUGAUCAAGAUAACCCCGAGGCAGCAAUCGAGAAAUACCAGGCGCCGACGCAGGGCGGAGAAGACGAUAAAGAUAUUCUGGGAUUCGAUGCUCUGGAGCUGGAUUAUUCUGUUCCUUUCCCACUGUCCCUUGUCAUUAGUCGCAAGACGGUUCUUCGGUACCAGUUGAUCUUUCGACACAUCCUGUCGCUCCGUCACAUCGAAACCAUGCUCGUCACGUCAUGGCUGGACCAGAGCAAGGUUAUCGCCUGGAGGCACAAGUCCUCCGACCGACGGUUGGAAAUGUGGAAGAGGCGUGCGUGGAACUUGCGCUCGAAGAUGCUGGUGUUUGUGCAGCAGCUCCUUUACUUUUGCACGGCAGAGGUCGUCGAGCCCAACUGGCAGACUCUCAUGGACCGGGUGAAUGGAACUGAUGCAGAUGGAUCCGAGGUGACCGUCAAUGGCACCAAGCAAGUCAAUCGCACUGUGGACGAGCUCAUGCAGGACCAUGUGGACUUCCUGGACACUUGCCUCAAGGAAUGCAUGCUCACGCAGGCUAAGCUGCUGAAGAUCCACCAUCGAUUGAUGACCUGCUGUACCAUGUUCGCCUCGUGGGCGACGUCGUCGCUUGCGCGCGCGCUCGCUUCAGCGGACCCUGACCUGGCCGGGAAUAAGGCUGCUGGCUCGGAUGGUCGGGGAUACGAUCCGUCGCGUAUUGACAAGUUGGAGGAGACGCUGCGGCGAUGCGAAGAGCAUUUCAACCGGCACCUGCGGAUUCUGAUGGACAGCUUGAACUACUACGCCGCGACGGAGAGCGUUGUCCUUCUUAAACUGGCACACGCCUUGAGUGCGAUCAGCAAAGAGGACUGAGGGCUUCGCUGUGUAUCCUCGAGCUCGGAUAUUCAACCCGCCGGUCUUCGUGACAAUCACAGCACCAGAUGCAGCCCAUAUGAUGGCUAUACAUCCUGAGGGCACGCCCAGAUGCCCCUGAUACAGAUGCUCCAGCAAGCCAUACAGGCCGCGCUUGCGGAGUGCCAUUGAGAUGAUCUCCCGAAUCUCUACCCUACGACGGCACCAAUCGUCCAGCUUCCAACACUGGUGGCUUCUUGUCCCCGUCAUAAUUAUAUCGUUCCGUUUAUUAUCUGGUUCUUAGCACAAGGCAGGAUGGAGUACUGGCGUGUGGGGAAGGACGAAGCUUACGCCCGAUGAUGAUUGAGAAUACCCAUACUGAAUACUGAAUAAUGCAUGCAAUGCCAAUGACUAUGAAC